AGAAGAAGAGGAAGAGGAAGAAGAAGAAGAAGAAGAAGAAGAGGAAGAAGAAGAAGAAGAAGAAGAGUUGAUCUCAUUGCACCAAGAGGAAGAAUGAAGGACACUUCUCUCCUGCUCCUGCUGAGCUCCCUGUUCUGCUGCUCAACAAACGCAGCUCGUCUGACGGUGACUCCCAGCAGCUCUCAGGUAUUUGAAGAUGAACCUGUCUCUCUGAGAUGUGAGGACGCCUCUGAUGGAUGGACUGUGAUGAGAAACACGGGCAAUAAGAACAGAGCUGAGUGUGGAGUCGACUGGGGAAGAUCUGCUGGUUCCUCCUGUAACAUCAGCUCCAUGGACCCUACGGACAGUGGAGUGUACUGGUGUGAGUCCACUGAGGGAUCCACCAGUAACACCAUCACCAUCACCGUCUCUGGUGGAUCAGUGAUCCUGCAGAGUCCUGUCCUCCCUGUGAUGGAGGGAGAUGACGUCACUCUGACCUGUAGAACAAAGAUGGCCGACAACCUCCUCGCUGAUUUCUACAAAGAUGGCGUCUUCAUCAGGACUGAGUCUGAUGGUCACAUGACCCUCCACUAUGUUAACAGGUCUGAUGAAGGCCUCUACAAGUGUAGAGUCCAGAAUGAAGGAGAGUCUCCAAAGAGCCGGCUGUCUGUCUCAGAAAAACCUCCUACAACCAUGGACCCGCCCACUUCCUCUCCUCCACCUCCACCCUCCUGCCUUCCCCCACCUUGUGUUCAGGGUGAUCUGCCACCUGGUGGUUCUGUACCUGCAAUCUUCCACUUUCCUCAUGGUGUCUUUAUAUCGACAGAGGGCCAGAGGAAGUGACCCGUCUGUCUCCGUUGUGAUGACUCCGCCCACCCACGCUGAGCAGGGAUUGGACGAUGACUACGAUGAUGUCAUGUCUGCUGUCACCACGGAGCAUCAGUUCUGAAACAGUGGAGGACCCAGAACGCUUCCCUGAGGAACGCCAUGUUUUGAACUCAGUGUAAUUACAUUCAAUCAUGUAUUGACUGAUAUCGUGCACAUGCAAUAUUAUUCCCUUUAUUUCUGAAGCAGUGGUCUAUUAGCAUUAGCAGCUAAUGCUCAGUACAAAGUAGAUAUGCAGAUACAAAGAAAACAUAUACUAAAGUUAAACAAUUAGAAAGUUGUAAUUUUGGCCAUUUUCUUUCAGAUUUCAGGAAAAUCUACUAAACUUUUAAAAUCAUUGAAUUCAUUCAGGAUUUAUCUCAAAAAUCUCCUAAAGCUUUUCACAAACAUUACAACAGUGAUGUAUGUAUUAAAUGUACAUCACCAUAUGUAGAAGUUGGAACAUUGUUUAUUUUGAUAGAAAUCUUGUAGAAAAUCAUCUCCAGGAUCUUUAUUGACUUAUUGAGGAGUGGAAGGUGAGUCUAGUUUACAGUUACAUUAAAUAACUCUGCGUAUAAACUCUUAUUCAUUAUCUGUUCACCAGACUCCGUUAGAAACCCUGUUUUUUAAAACUUACAUCCUCAAAAUGAUUUGCAGGUCUUCUGGGACGGGUCUGCUUUCUGUCUCAGAACUAAACCUGGAGAAGUUCAGUUAUUCAUCUCCAAAUAUCUGGAUCAAACCCCCAGAAACCUGCAGGUCCUUUUAAAUCCAGACUGAAGACUUCCCUGUUUGCUUUGAACUGAACUAUUCUUAUCUCACGAUGCACAGUAACUGUUAUUCAUGUGUUGUAUACCUGAGUUAUUCUAUAUCAGCUAGUUUCAUGGUUAUUUGAGUCCCUCUGCUUUUGAAUGAUCUGCUGCAUUAUUUCUUAAUGUCUUUCAGUUGUGUAACGCACUUUGAAUCGCCUCGUGUUGAAGAAGCUUUA